AUCAUGGGAGUACUGUACCCCCCUGUGGUCCCGCCAAAUACGAACAAACAACGACCGAUGUAAAAUCCAAGAUGGCGGAAAGCUGUCUUCAUAAACGUGUCGAAAUAUGUAUAGUUGCGAGCGAAGUAGCUAGCGCUGUUGGUAAACAUCCUUACCAGCGAAGAGAACAUACUUUGCAGAAGGCAUGGUAUCGGUCAGAUCAGGAAUCGUUUUGCUUUGCCAAUGCGCUUGUCCCAGUUUGUCAGGCCGAAGUUUCCUCGAUUGUCAACGAGUUCGUAGAGGGCAAUGCCGAAGCAAGGUUGGAGUUAGCUUUGGAGGAGAAUUGGGAAAAGGAAAAGGAAAAGUUUGUUGAAACUCUAAAGCAUAUAAUACUGUCGCCAUCUUCCUCGCCUAUUAGAAGGCUGUUUUAUAGCAUUUCGAAAGCGUUAAAGAACAAACUCUCUACCGACGAGCGAGAGCGACGAACUAUCGAGAAUGCUGGAGUUGCAAAAAGUACUCUCGAUGAAGCUGUUGACUCGUUGUGUAAGGACGAGAGUUUGCCUGUACAAGAGGUAGCAAAAAAGGUUUGUUCUAACGCAGGUACAACCGGUUCUGAUGUCAUCAAGGCCGUCGAGUCUCAACUUACUAAAGAAAGGGGCGUCAAAUUGGAAGGAAAGGCCGUCGAAAGACUCGGCGAAGAACGGGGGAAAAAAGUGGAUUUGAUACCAGACGAAUACGAUAAAACAGUGGAGUGUGAUGGCAUCGAAUGGAGAAUUAGCGGUCGGAUUGAUGGAAUGUUAGACGACAAAGUUGUCGAGCUAAAAAAUCGAAAGAAUAAGUUUAUGCAACCGGAGUACGACUUGAUUCAGCUACAAACAUAUAUGUUUUUAUUUGACACGGAAGAAGGGGUACUUUUGGAACGGCUCAGGGGGGAACAUAAAGAGACAAGGUACAGUUUUGACAAGGAAGGAUGGGAGAAUGAAGUCAUCCCCGCCCUCAAGAACUUUGUCGUCGAGUUGAGUAAAUAUAUCGAGGAAACCAGAGCGUGUUUGUACGCUAAGGAGAGUGGGGCUGAGGACAUUCGGGGCAAGCGGCCGGUUCAAGACGAUGCAUGGGCCAGACCCCAAGAAAACCAGGAAUCCGAAACCUCUGGCUCGGAUAGUGAAGUCCCACUAAAAAUGUUUAAAACAUCCCCAGAAAAUGACGAAGAUGAUGAUACCUAUGACAAUGAAGAGCCAAACUCGCAUUGAUUCGAAACGCUUCGAGAACUCUAUUCACUGUCUGGUGUGGAAAACCAUUCAAGUGUCUGAAAACAAAGAACGCGUCCACAGGUAACCCAAACCCCAACAGUUAUCUUUGUGCGAGACUGUACAUUUUUUAAAAAUUAACUAAUUAAUUACCCUAGAGAAAAAGAGAGAAUGGAUAUUUUAAGAAAUAGAAUCAGAAGUGAACUGUGCCACUAGUCAGACAGUUCAGCUGUGUCAAUGACAUUAACAUCAGUUUGUUUUGUCUGGUAAAGUAUAAUAGAGUAGGUAGUCUGAAGAACAAUGAACUUUAAAAGCUGUGGUUAUCUUAAAAUGACAAGUGUGAUAAGGAGAUGUAUCUAGUAUUCAAGCUACGAUCUCAUGGAGAAGCCAAAGACUGAUGCAAGGUGGAAUAAAGAUUUCUUUAGAGCAUAACAUGAAAAAGCCAUAAAUUUGCUUGGAUUGAAGUAAACUCCAAUUGUGUUCCUCUUUAGAGGUGUCUAUAAAAUUGUUGCAAUAUCUAGUUGAAGAUAUUAUUUCUUUGCAGAUUAACAUUUUUUACUUCGAACUUCAGGCAGUAAUUGUCACAAAACAUAAUUAUUUUAUAUGCAUCAAAUGCAUUCUAUAAUUAUAGGUCACUUCAUGGUUGGUGAAAGCAUAUGGCAUUUAAUAAUGAAGAAAACUGUGAUACUUGCUUCUUCUGAACAAAACCCCAUACAGGCGAACUUACAAUGAAAGAAAAUUAUUAUAAACAUACCAAGAUUUACAAAAAAAACUGCCAUUACAUAAAAGUUGUAAAACCGUGAACACUGGAAAUAUGUAUGGAAUGUUUGUUCUGCAAGUUCUUCAUUCGAAUAGAAAUAUGUCUCAACAAGUCUCAGCGUUUGAUUUGUAGCAUCAGAUUCCUUAGAAGACAAUAAAUAUUCCACACAUAUUUUAGGAAGUCACAGUUUUAUCGCUUGUGCUGUAAUGUUCUCUCAGCUAUCUAUAAAAUCCUCCUUGAAAGUGAUGGAAAUGUUUUGAAAACCAGCUUUACACUAUUUUGUCAAUGUAUAUGAUAACUCUGACAAUAAAAGCAAUUAUUUGACUUUU